AUGUUGGCUGAAACUAUUCACUCGCAUCUACUAUUCAUUCUUGCUACUACAUACUUCCACCUAUUGGUAUUCACUUUCGUUGGUGGUUUGAAUGCCUUUUCCAUGAUUGCUAAUACUACCGCCAAGACUGCGGAAGAAGUUGGAGAGCAGAUGCAGUCAAUUUUGGUAGUAGGCUCGUUCGCGCUGCAUUGUGCAGCCUUAGUUUGUGCCAUCGUUUGUAUACUCUUCAAUGAUGUAGAGAAAAUUAGGGUCAAAAUGCCAACAAUUGUUGUUGUGGUAAUCCUCACCUUUACCACGUCUUUCAAUGCAGUCGCCGCUCUUCUGCUAUUUUUGUACAGACCGAAGGAUCAGAAGGAGCCCAUAAUGCUCGCGGCUGCGGUAGUUUCUCUUCUUGCUACACUUUUUGCUAUUGGAGUACUGAUAUAUUUCUAUAAAAGACCUCCAAAGGGUCCGCAGUUUCGAAUCGAACAACGUCUUGAUAUACCUCCUCCUCCACCACCUCAAUUCAUCCCACCUCCUGCACCCCCUGGAGGGCCACCUUAUAUGCAAGAAGGAGGCAAUUUCAAUGCUUGAAUUUGAAGUUCAAGUGAAGUCGGAACAAAAAUUCUCCUUAUUUAAUACUCACUCAACAAUCGUUGACAAUAA